AUGGGGCGAUAUGGGGCGUAUGAUCUUUACAUAGCGCCCUUUGUUCGUGACUUCUCGCUGUUCUUGCCUAUGUUUCUCUCGUGGUUUGUGGUGCAGUGGGUUAUAUCGCGCGUGUACUCCCGCCUACUCGGCGCCAAUUUCACGGGAAUGCCGCGUGCGAAUCGCCAGGACAUCGUGGUGCGCACCGUCAGCGUCUGCAACGGCCUCCUGAUGAUCGGCGCCGCAGUAUGCUUUAUCAACGACCUGCGCGUGCAUCAUUUCAGGUUCCACAACGAUCAGUACAAGGAGGUACCGGGCUACCGCUUCUUCCGUGUCACCAUCGUGUCGUACUUUGCGUGGGACAUUAUAGUCUGCUACGUAUACAAGUGGGAGCGGCUGUGGAAGGUGCACGCAAUCGUGAGUUUUGUGGGCGCGUAUCUGCUGUCCUUCCCCUACUCGGACCACUAUGGCUCCUACUUCACAGGCAUGUUCGAGCUCAGCAACAGUCCGCUGCACAUAUCGUCCAUUAUACGCACGCUCAACAUGGUGCCGCUCUUCCCUCUUGCGACGGUCAUGGAGGGCGUGUUUGUACUCCUCUUCGUUGUCAUUCGCCUGGUGGGCGGCAGUAUUGUCACGGGGUCGUGGAUGAAGCAGACAGCGAUGAACUUGGUGGCAAACUACCAGGCUGGUGGAACACUAGUGCACGGCGAAGUACCACUGGUACUGUCGAUGGUGCUCGUCAGCGUGGUUCAGCUGCUGCAGUAUAUUUGGUUCGUGGAGAUUACCAAAAGAGUCAUUGGCAUGUUCAAAUCAUCUCAUGGGAAAAAAGUAAAAUGA